AUGGCCAACAGCGCCUCUGGUGCUGAGUUUCGGCGGCAGGCGCUGGCCCUGCGAAGAGAUCGGUCUGAGCUCCGCAGGUGCCUGGCGAAUCUCUUGGCAUCCGCAGAAGACAGUGCCCAGCAACUUGAACAUUGGCAGAACUCUCGCACAUUGGACCAGGCUGCCACAGCGCCACGAAAGCGCAAGCGCUUUGUGGAGGCGGACUCGACACUCGUGCCCCGCUUUCGUCUUGCAGCCGUCUCGGAGGAGUUUGAGAACGGAGAGCAGGCGGAGAUCCUGGCAGUGGCAGCUGCAGUGCAGGAUGUCGGCGUGAUGGGCGUGGCCGUCCUCACGCGGCAAUUCCUCGAGCUUUGGCAGACCGAUCCGGUUUGCUGGCACCAGACGGAGGCGGUGAAGGUCCCUCUGCCAGCUGAGGCCAGUGCGGCAGUGGCCUUUGAUAGGACCGGUCAAGACCUUUGGCUGGUGAUCUUUUCUCCUGAAGGCGCAGGAGAGCCUUGCGGGGUGCCUUGCUGCGCCCUCGAGACGCGGCUUUUCAACCGAAGCAGUGAAGGCAAGCUGCACCUGAAGGCCCGCUUGCGAGGGCCCCUGGCUCCUCUGCUGGCGGGGCCGGCGGCGCUGGAUCAGGCUGCUGCUGUUGCAGCUGCAGGGGCCGUCCACAUCUUGUCGUGGCACCCGGAGCAGGCAGCAGGGGGAGGGACGCUGGGGGCUACGUCCUUCACACUUGCCUGGUGCGGCAGCCGGGCCAGGCCCCCAUCUCCGGCGUGCCUUGAAGCUCUGCCCCAGCAGCGUCUAGCGCUGGUCCUCCGGGAUGAAGUGGGCGCAGGCGAGCUUCAGGUCUACAGCGACUCGGGCCAUUGCCUGGCUUUUGUUGACCUGGGUGCGGCGGCGUGCGUCGUGCCGCCCCAGGAUCCCUGUCCAACGACCUACUGCAGCGGGCUGGGUCUGCUGCUGCUACUGGCCGACCAGGAUCAGUGGCGACUGCUUGCUGCCCUUACUGCGGUGGCUCCCCAGCCUGCAAACUCCACGGCGCCCGUGGAGUUGGAGUUGCGCCAACUAUCCAGCAUGUCUGCACCUGUCGAGGGCUUGGCCGUGGAUGCCGUUUCGGAAGGCCUGGUCGCCUAUCGCGCGCAGGGAGCUUCCUGGCUGCUGGAUUGGCAGCAGCGUACAGUUCAGGCACUGCCGUGCGGCUGGCGCCCACUGGUGGUGUCUGCUGGAACCCUCAUCCUAGCCCAUGAAGUGGACCCGGAAAGCCGGGGUUUCAGCGAAGUCGUGUUUCUGGAGGCUGGCUGA